GCUGUGGUUUUUUAGCGCGUGCGAGAUGACGCGCCGGUGAAUUUUAACUUAAAAGUAUUUUAAAAAUUGACGUUAUAUUUGUGUGCACACUUUAUAAAUAAGAUUUCACAAUGGCCGAUCAAGUUGAUUCAAUGUCAGACGCGGAGCUCCGCACUAAGCUGGCCGAGCAUGGGUUCCCCGUAAUGCCGAUAACGGCAUCCACGAGGAAAUUACUUGUGAAAAAGUUGAAAAUGGUACUUGACAACAAAAGCAAACCUCGAAAUAGUGUUGACAGCAAGGUUGAAAGCAGAAGAUCGCUCGCACGGUAUUCCAGCGGCGAGGAAUCUGACAUAGAUACUAAGAAUGCUAAAGAAAAAAGAGGCCGCCGCGCCACCACUGGUGCAGCUAUGCUUCCUCCGGUCAACAAAACACGACGAACACCUGUAAAAAAGGACUCUCCUGCUAAACGCGACUCUGAUAAAGGAUCUGAAUCUGAUGACGAGAAAGCGCCAGUCCGCACUCUCGAGGAAGUCGAAACUGUGACUAAGCGUCGUGUGACCCGCACGUAUGCCAAUGAUCAGGACGACUAUGAAACAGGCUCAGACAGUGACGUAGAUGUCGAUAAAAAGACCUCUACCUCAUUUCGAAGCAGUUCCAGAUCGAGCGACUACAUAUCUAGCACAUUACCAACCCAUGAUGUAUCAACAAGUCCACCAAAAACAAAACCAUCAAUUUUCUCUCGCCCGUCCACAUCACAUCCAUCUACCUUUGGUUCAUCACUUUCCUCUUCUGAUAGUUUGAACUCUAUAAGGUCUAGACUCGGCUUAACAUCCUCUCUAGCAGAUCGCCCCUCAGGCAGCAACUACACAUCCAACUAUACCUCCAACUACACAACCAGUACUUAUCAGCCUUCAACAUCCACUAUAGAUGAAGUUGAAUCUCCAUAUUUAAGUAAUUUCACCCGUCGCUUAUCUUCUCUUAAAGCUGAACCUAAACCAACUUCUUUCUUAAACCGAGACACAAACAAUGGUGGUACAUCAACACAGCGAAGGUCCUACAUGACAGGUGUAACCAGAUCGGAUAUUGAUUACAAGGCUGUUAAUGACAAGAAAUUUAUAAAAAGCAACAUGGUGUCUCUUGCUUUGGUUGGACUUGUUGCACUUUUUUUUUUUUGCGUUUUUUUUAUGUAUAUAGUUAAGAAGAAUGAUAUCACUUCAGUAGUAGAUGACCAGAAUAGUAUAGUACCAAUCUGUCAAUCACAAAAACCAGGGGACAGACCAGGCAUUAACUGUGUGCUCAAAGAGCAAGUAAGUUAUGCUAAAGAUCUGUUAAAGGUUAUCCACCCUGAACUUACAUCGCGGGCCGCAAAUUACAAAUGUGGCAAGUCAGGUGCUUUACCCUAUCUUACAGAGAGAGAGAUAAUCGACAUGGCUAGCGCCAGGGCUGAAGUUGUAGAUGUCAGUCAGUGCAGGACAGAUCUGAACAAUUUACAAGUCCUUUUGGUCCACAACCCAAAAUGGGGUCUGGCUGUUGUCCAACUCAAAAACUCAUAUACAAAGGAUGUUGAGUAUUCCCCUCUCACUUCCACUGACAUAGUUCAACAACGCAACAAGGGUAAUGUAGCUUUGGUUCUCUCGGACCCUUCUACUCCCAUUUCAUGUUUAUUUGUCAACACCUUGUACUCAGCUGGCUCGACAUUCAUUAUUAUUGUAGUUUUAUCAGUAGCAAUCUUAGGUAUACAAAAGGCGUAUAAGCUGUACAUGAAUUAUAAGAAAACAAAGAGUGAGGAAAUUUACUCAAUGGUGGAGCAAAUCAUUGAUGUGAUUUCCCAAGAGACUGAGGAUAGUGGGGAACCGUACAUAUCAGUCGACCAUGUUAGGGAUACUUUAAUAUCACCGCAGAAUAGGGAGAAGUUAGCUUCAACAUGGGAUUCUGCUGUUAAAUUUAUUCAGAAGAAUGAGAGUAGAGUGCGCAUGGAGGUGCAAUCAGUUGAUGGGGAGGACUGUAGGGUUUGGCGAUGGAUAGCCACUAGCAGCCCUAAGCGCAGCACUUCAUGGCAGGGGCAGGCAUUUGAAACGCAGGAAGGUUCCGUGAAUAAUGUUAGUGUAGCACCAACACCAUGCUUGAAAAUCCGCCAUAUGUUUGAUAAGAAUGAUACAAAUCCGAACUUACGAACCAUAAUUCAAGAUGUUAUUCUGGAAAAGUGUGAGCGCUGCAAUAUACUACACAUUGACAUAGAAAGAACGUCUUGUUGUGUGUAUGUUAAAUGUUCGACUACAACAGAUGCUGGUGUAGUCUACAAGAGUUUGCAUGGCUGGUGGUAUGAGGGUCGCUUGAUAACAGUCAAAUAUCUACAUCUCGACCGAUACAUGAUAAGGUUUCCAUACUCACCCUCUUCUGGACCUUAUUUAAAACCUUCCCGUAUGCAAUGAUCAUGGGAUGAAUUAAUUUUGUUAUAAAUAAGUGUUAAUAAAAACCUUCUGAUGAAUUUUUAAUACUGAUUCUCUCAAUGUUCGUAUAUUUAUUGUGAGUUUUAAUUAUAUAGAAUGCUGCGUACAAAAUUA